AUGGCUAAGCUUCUUGCGCUUUCUUUUUGCUUUUGCUUUCUAGUUCUGGGAGCUAGCAGCAUCUCCUUCAGGCAGCAGCCGGAGGAGAAUGCGUGCCGGUUCCAGCGCCUCAAUGCGCAGAGACCUGACAACCGCAUUGAAUCAGAGGGCGGUUACAUUGAGACUUGGAACCCCAACAACCAGGAGUUCGAAUGCGCCGGCGUCGCCCUCUCUCGCUUAGUCCUCCGCCGCAACGCCCUUCGUAGGCCUUUCUACUCCAAUGCUCCCCAGGAGAUCUUCAUCCAGCAAGGAAGGGGAUACUUUGGGUUGAUAUUCCCUGGUUGUCCUAGCACAUAUGAAGCGCCUGCACAACAAGGACGCCGAUCUCAGUCCCAAAGACCACCGAGACGUCUUCAAGGACAAGACCAAAGCCAACAGCAACAAGAUAGUCACCAGAAGGUGCACCGUUUCAACGAGGGUGAUCUCAUUGCAGUUCCCACCGGUGUUGCUUUCUGGCUCUACAACGACCACGACACUGAUGUUGUUGCUGUUUCUCUUACUGACACCAACAACAACGACAACCAGCUUGAUCAGUUCCCCAGGAGAUUCAAUUUGGCUGGGAACCACGAGCAAGAGUUCUUGAGAUACCAGCAACAAAGCAGACAAAGCAGACGAAGAAGCUUACCAUAUAGCCCAUACAGCCCGCAAAGUCAGCCUAGAAAAGAAGAGCGUGAAUUUAGCCCUCGAGGACAGCACAGCCGCAGAGAACGAGCAGGACAAGAAGAAGAAAACGAAGGUGGAAACAUCUUCAGCGGCUUCACGCCGGAGUUCCUGGCACAAGCCUUCCAGGUUGACGACAGACAGAUAGUGCAAAACCUAAGAGGCGAGAACGAGAGUGAGGAAGAGGGAGCCAUUGUGACAGUGAGGGGAGGCCUCAGAAUCUUGAGCCCAGAUAGAAAGAGCCGUGCCGACGAAGAAGAGGAAUACGAUGAAGAUGAAUAUGAAUACGAUGAAGAGGAGAGGCAACAAGAUAGAAGGCGUGGCAGGGGAAGCAGAGGCAGGGGGAAUGGUAUUGAAGAGACGAUCUGCACCGCAAGUGUUAAAAAGAACAUUGGUAGAAACAGAUCCCCUGACAUCUACAACCCUCAAGCUGGUUCGCUCAAAACUGCCAACGAUCUCAACCUUCUAAUCCUUAGGUGGCUUGGACUUAGUGCUGAAUAUGGAAAUCUCUACAGGAAUGCAUUGUUUGUCCCUCACUACAACACCAACGCACACAGCAUCAUAUAUGCAUUGAGGGGACGGGCUCACGUGCAAGUGGUGGACAGCAACGGCAACAGAGUGUACGACGAGGAGCUUCAAGAGGGUCACGUGCUUGUGGUGCCACAGAACUUCGCCGUCGCUGGAAAGUCCCAGAGCGAGAACUUCGAAUACGUGGCAUUCAAGACAGACUCAAGGCCCAGCAUAGCCAACCUCGCCGGUGAAAACUCCCUCAUAGAUAACCUGCCGGAGGAGGUGGUUGCAAAUUCAUAUGGCCUCCCAAGGGAGCAGGCAAGGCAGCUUAAGAACAACAACCCCUUCAAGUUCUUCGUUCCACCGUCUCAGCAGUCUCCGAGGGCUGUGGCUUAA